ACCUUGGGGGCGGCAUGGAUCUCAGCGAGCUGGAGAAUGACAAUACCGGCCGCUGUCGCCUGAAUUCGCCGGUGCCCUCAGUGUGCCUCAAGGAGCCUUGCGUCCUGGGCGUCGAUGAAGCGGGCCGGGGUCCUGUGUUGGGCCCAAUGGUCUAUGCCAUCUGUUAUUGCCCUCUGUUCCACCUCGCAGAUCUGGAAGCCCUGAAAGUGGCAGACUCAAAAACCCUGUCGGAGAGUGAGCGGAACAGGCUCUUUGCGAAAAUAGAGGAAGACGGGGACUUUGUGGGCUGGGCACUGGACGUGCUGUCUCCAAACCUCAUCUCUACCAGCAUGCUUGGCCGGGUCAAAUACAACCUGAACUCCCUGUCCCAUGAUACAGCUACUGCGCUGAUACAGUAUGCAUUGGACAAGGGCGUGAAAGUCUCCCAGGUGUUUGUAGACACAGUGGGGAUGCCAGAAACAUACCAGAAGCGGCUGCAGCAGUGCUUUCCUGGGAUCAAGGUGACAGUAAAGGCCAAAGCAGAUGCUUUGUACUCUGUGGUUAGUGCUGCCAGCAUCUGUGCAAAGGUGGCUCGUGACCAGGCCGUGAGGAACUGGCAGUUUGUGGAAAGACUGCAGGACUUUGAUGCGGAUUAUGGCUCAGGCUAUCCCAAUGAUCCCAAGACGAAAGCGUGGUUGAAGAAACAUGUGGAACCUGUCUUCGGCUUUCCCCAGUUUGUCCGGUUCAGUUGGCGCACAGCUAUGGCUGUCCUGGAGAAGGAGGCAGAAGAUGUUGUGUGGGAGGACUCAACAGUAGGAGACCAGGAGAGUGCUGGGAGGAUCACCUCCUACUUCCUUAAUGAAGGCCCUCGAACCUGCCUCCGUGUCCCUCACCGGUACUUCUAUGAGCGUGGCCUAGAGUCAGCCACCACCCUCUAGGAGCCAGCCUAUACUUCUAGCUGCCUUCCAGCAGGUGAUUAAAAGUGUUUAAAGAAGAGUGGAGGUUGUACUUGGGGGCAGGGACAGGGUGGGACAUGCUGUGCAGCUGGACUCAGCUAUUGCCUUUUGGAAUUUAAACAGGGCAUUAGUUGAAUGAUUUUGAUUUGGUUUUAUUUUUGAAAUACAUGACAUAAUUAUAUGACACAACAUUAGAGAGGCAGAAGCAAGAGGAUCACUUGAGGCUUGGCGCUAGUAGCUUAGUGAUCAGGGUGCUGGCCACAUGCCCCAGGGCUGGUGGGUUCAAAUGCAGCCCAGGUCAGCUAUAAAACAACAGUGGCAACAACAAAAAAAUAGCCAGGCGUUGUGGCUGGUGCCUGUAGUCCCAGCUGCUUGGGAGGCUGAGGCAAGAGAAUCACUUAAGCCCAAGAGUUUGAGGAUGCUAUCAGCUGUGUGCCACAAGGGUGACAUAGUAACAUUGUCUCAAAAAAAAAAAAAUGAUCACUUGAGGCCAGGAGUUUAAGACAAGUUGGUCAAUAUAGUGAGAACCCCAUCUUCUAAAAAAAAAAAUUUAAAUUUUAGCCGAGCAUGGUGGUGCAUGUGUAUAGUCCCAGCUACUCAGGAGGCUGAGGUGGGGAAAUAGCUUGAGCCCAGGAGUUCAUGGCUGCAUUGAGCUAUGAUAGUGCCACUGCAUUCCAACAUGGGUGACAGAGAGAACCUGUUUGUUAAAAAAUAAAAACCAGGCUCGGCACCUGUGGCUCAAGCGGCUAAGGCGCCAGCCACAUACAUACACCUGAGCUGGCAGGUUCAAAUCCAGCCCGGGCCUGCCAAACAACAAUGACGGUUGCAACCAAAAAAUAGCCGGGAGUUGUGGUGGGCACCUGUAGUCCCAGCUACUUGGGAGGCGGAGACAGGAGACUCGCUUGAGCCCAGGAGUUUGAGGUUGCUGUGAGCUAUGAUCUAUCCAGGGCAACAUCUUGAGGCUCUGUCUCAAAAAUAAAUAAAUAGGGCGAUGCCUGUGGCUCAAGGAGUAGGGCGCCGGUCCCAUAUGCUGGAGGUGGCGGGUUCAAACCCAGCCCCGGCCAAAAAAAAAAUCACAAAAAUAAAUAAAUAAAUAAAAAUAAAAACCAGGUGGCACCUGUGGCUCAAAGGAGUAGGGCGCCGGCCUCAUAUACCAGAGGUGGUGGAUUCAAACCCGGCCCUGGCCAAAAACUGCAAAAUAAAUAAAUAAAUAAAUAAAUAAAUGCCAAAAAAGCACAUUGAGAAGCUUCCCUUUCAUUCUGCCACUACCCCCCAGCUCACUGGUGGGCUUAACCUGUGCCUUCUGAGUCAUUCUGGAGAUAACUUGGUUUGUUAUAAACAUAGAUGCAUAUAUACAUACACUCAUUCUUAAAGUUUUUUGUUUUUUUUUUUUGUAGAGACAGAGUCUCACAUUGUGGCCCUCAGUAGAGUGCCAUGGCAUCACACAGCUCACAGCAACCUCCAACUCCUGGGCUUAAGGGAUUCUUUUGCCUCAGCUUCCCGAGUAGCUGGGACUACAGGCGCCCGCUACAACACCCAGCAAUUUUUUUGGUUGCAGUUCAGCCGGGGCCGGGUUUGAACCCGCCACCCUUGGUAUAUGGGGCCGGCGCCUUACCGACUGAGCCACAGGCGCCACCCAAAGUUUUUUGUUUUUGUAGUGGAAGCAAAGUGUACCCUAGACAGUGCAUCUAACUCUUUUUACCAAAUAUACCUUGGGGAUAAUUCCAAGGUAUAAUAGGCUAAAGAUUUGCCUUAUUACUUUUACUCUUGCAGAGUCCUUCAUUGUUUGACUGU